UAGCAUUUACAAAGGCCAUUCAUUUCAUCAGGAACGAUAUCCGCAAAGACACAUCCAGCCAUCCAGUACAAACGCACACAAACAAAGAGCUUCCACGAAAGACUGUCUCCCCGAGCACACCCAAACAGCCAUGCAGCCCACGCAGACGCACCGGCACACGCCUCCACACAUAGGGACCAAUAGACGAUCGGCCACACACACAGGGCCCCACAGAGAGGCGUCGAUCCCACCCCUUAUCCAUCUAUCCAUCCACCCACCCACCCGCUCUUCUCCCCCAACACACAUGCACACACUCACAUACACAUACACAUUCACAGACACACACACACACACACACACACAGAGAGAGAGAGAGAGAGGUAGGUGAGACAGUAUUACUAUCAUUUCUAUAUGUGCUGGCACCGAAGUGCCUCAUUUUUUGCAUUCGUUGUGUAAUAAUAUUGGUUAUGUAAUAGUAAGAAUAUUGAUACACACAUACACAUAGACACACACAGAGAAAGAGCGUCGCUAUCUAUAUCCCUCUCUCUCUCCCCGAGCGUGUGUGGGUGCAUGCAUGUCUAUCUGUGCAUCUGAGUCGUGUGUGCGCUGGACAGGGAGACCAGUUCAGUUGUCCCAGCCAUCCAUCAUACACACGACACACAUUGUCUUAAUCCAUUACUUCAUGGUCUACUAGACCGCCUACCUGUUCUUUUCUCAUUCUUUCACCGACCUAGCGGGACAGAGAGAGACGGAGAGAGAGAGAGAGAGAAGGUAAGAAAGGAUCGACCUACAAUGUGGCCAAGAAAAUGUCCACUCCACAAGCAUCGAAAUCACUCUCCCCGCCCAACACUGCAUAACCAUCGCUAUUCCAUUGACCCAUGUAACCGACAGGUACAAUCUUUUCAUCGGUCUGCUGAUGGCAGCAGAGAAUAUUGUCAACUGGGCGGGCACCGUUGCAGCCCAAGUACAGCGACCCACCCACAUUCACAUUCGCACCCACCCCAUCCGGCUCCACAUACUGCGCACACGGAAUGCUCUUCGGCUCGGAAAAGUGGCCGAGAACUGAGAAAAUCCGCACAGAAUUGCUGCGUGUGGUCGGCUGGUCGGGCUGAAGGCCGCCAUUGAUGUAUGCGCCGAAAAUGGAUCGUGGUGUGUAGAUGAUGAUGAGCAGGCCCUCGGUAUUGCCAACACCCCUGCGCAUUUCGGUGACCGAUUUGUCGUGCUCCCUCGACCUGUGAGGCAAGGGCAUACAUGGAUGCACACGAUGGCGGACGUGUGGCCACUUACGAGUAGAGCAAUCCUAGUUGGAAAUUGUUCGUGUGCAGAAGGUUAUUAUCUGACAAUACAAUCUGCACGACACCACCCACACCACGAGAGGGGAGAUGCUCAUAUGUGGUGCUGCUCUCUCGUGCGCCUCUCGCGAGUACCUUAAGCCAUCCCUCUAAGUGAGGCGACUUGUCCAGGUCGACAAUAGUGACCCCUUCCAUUCUUCUAUAAUCAUUGCUGCACACACACACACACACACACGGACAUAGCACACACAGAGAUGGCACAUAGGGUACGUGUGUUUGCGAACCUCAUAUUGGGCCAGAAUCCUGCCAUAAUGACCCGCAGGCAAUGCUGGACGGGACGGGUCAGCUCCAAAGAGCCCGUUGUAAUCUUGAGGACGGCCUCCCCGCAAUCCCCGUCACCAUUAAGCCUAGUGGAUACGCAGCAGUCAGAACACACACAAGCAUACAACGGGUCUCUCUCUCUCUGUGUGUGCGUCUGUGUGUGUGUGUGUGUGCGCGCGCGCGCGCUUACACAACUGCGGUAUCGUUAACAAAUGCACUGAAUCUUCCUCUUUGCAUCUCAUUGUCAUAGUCUGAAACCGAAGCAGAAGACGCACCCAUUGCAGGUGCUGCCAUGUUGUCAUAUUGUGUGUGUCUGGCGGUGUACCGACGGCAAUCGUCGCUAGUUUUAAUACUAUGCCGCAGUCCACCCCCUUCUGGUCGCCAUUGAUUUUGUAGUCGUAGUACCUCCCUCUCACAUUGGGCUGACUGUCGAAAUACUCGUGGAGCUCGGCUGUCCGCUGUGACAGGGAGGGAGGGAGAGGGAGGGGGGGCGUGAGAGAGGGCACAGCUCUUUGCGUCUGCAUGCGUGGGUGUGUGCUGUGUGCUCACCUUGUCCCACGGACGGGCCCUUCCGUGGAAUAUUUCAAUGAUUAUCUGGUGUUGAGGGAUUCGUAGUAUAUCAGUUGCAAUAUAUUUGCUCCAUGCCACAAUGAGGUGCCCCUCUGGGUGCGGACCGAAGAGCUCUUUGAAGGAUUUCUGAACACCCACAUGCACACCAAGAUCUGCCCUGUUUGUCGCGCUCUGUCUGUCUGUCUGUCUGUCUGUCGGUGUCUUUCUGACCGCCAAGUUCGCCACGUCGUUGAGAAAGGGCACAGGGGGAGGGGGGGUGGGCACCAGUAUGUGAAAUAAGGCCUCCAGGGGUCUCGGAUCUGGGGUCUUGGAGCAAAGCGGAUGUUCUUCGGACCCCUACAGGUGUCAAAAUAGGGGUCCCGCCUCUCUCCGUGGCGCCAAUCCUGGGGUCUCAGUUUUCUCGUUUGUCGGGCGUUUUGGCCACUGCAGAGGGUAAUUGGAGGUCAGGCGAUGAUAGCUGGUGCUUAUCCAAGCUGCUCUUGACCGCCCCGAGCGCCCAGGAGCCUCCAGACGGGUGAGGAUAGCCAGGGAAUCCGCUUCCAGCUCGCAAAGCUCGCAACGCAGGGGUCCUGAGCGGCCAACACUACGAUUUAGCAGGGGUCUCGCCGACGUCCUCGGCUGACAACAGGGGUCUUUUUGGGGGUCUUUUUUAGGGGUCUAUUUCACACAUUGGUGGGCACAGCCUCACCCAUGUUGGCCCGCCCUUCUGCGUUUCACCGAAACCCCAACACGCCACGGGCAU